AUGAGGUUACAACUUUUGUUAAGCCUUUUCCUCGUUGUGCAUCUUGUUGUCAGUCAGAAGUUAAAAGAGCCAGCAUCAAAUUUGAGAGAUCAAGAAGAUGAACAAUCUGCUGAAGAAGACACAGAGGAUGCGCCAUUUGAGUUCACUGAAGAGGCUGCUUUUCAUGAUAUGCACCAAUCAACACCAUCAGCUGAGGGGAAAAUGGAGAAGACGCCAAUAGAGCCAGAAAACCCCACUGAACACUCAAAAAUCAGUCAUGAAGUCGACAGUCAUGAACCCACUCCCGCACCCGCACAAAUCGACACUCACACAAUGGAAGAGCACGAUUCCCAUUCACACAUCCACGGACAUUCCAUUCACGAUGGGGAAAUCUCCUCACAAAUCAAAUCAAAAGAAGAAUCGAAGAAAGAAAUGAAAUCGAAAUCCGAACCGAAAGAGGAAUCAGAAGAAGGAAAUGAAGAGGACGAGGGAGAAGUUGAAUAUGAGGUGCCUGAAGAAGAGCAAGUGCAUCGAGAAACAGUGACAACAAGAAUGCCAAUGAAGUCGAUGGAUAAAAACGAAGCAAUGUUCAGAGAGGAGUUGGCUGUGAGACCACCAAAUGAAUCACUUGAGCAAAGACCCGAAAUCGCACCGAUCACUGCUCCCACUCCUCUUCCCGAGCCGGCAAUCAAAUUCGACAAUAUCAACGAUGAAGAUUAUGGAGAAAAUGAAGCUGAAAGUACAAAACCCGACGCUGUGGACAAUGAAGUGAUCGAGCAACUUGUCAACAAAUUCCUCAACACUGGAUCCACUACAGACCAAAAGGGUAGUGCACCGAAAUUCGUGAACAAAGAGGCGCAAAAAUUGCUCGGCUCAAGUCCAUAUUGGAGCGAUAAAGGAGUUAAAGCGAUUGGAUCGAUCAAAGAUUCGGACGAAGCCGAGAAAUGGUUGGAUGGAUAUUAUAAAGAGGCACAAAAAGUCCUGUAUCAGGUGACAACAGCUGGAUGGCGAUAUUUCACGUCGAUCUCGUCGAACUCAAGGAAAUCACUGGCUGAGGCUCAGGACGUGAUGUCUCGCUUCGUCCACUCCACCUCGAUGCAAGCCAAGCAAUUCGAUGCGGCGGCUAUGCCCGAAGAGAUGAAGAAACAACUCCAUUACGUUUCUUUCGAGGGAAUGAGCGCGUUGAAAGAAAAAGAUCAUCAAGCUUUCACUUCAGCGCAAGAUCAUAUCAAUCAACAAAUCUCUGAGACGUUGACCUGUGAGAAAGGGAUGAAAGCGCCAUGCACAUUGAAAAAAAUCGAUAUCUCAGCGAUUUUCAACUCGGAAAACGAUGCUGAUCACUUGAAAUAUUUGUGGGGAGCUUUUGUGAGAAAUGUGGCUCGUUUAAAGCCUCAUUACAAGAAGAUUCUUGAUCUAUCGAACACCGCGGCCCAAUUGAACGGUUUCUCUGAUGGAGGGGCAAUGUGGAGAAGCGCCUUCGAUCUUUCCACGAAAAACUCACCCCCGAAAUUCGAUCUGAAACAACAAAUGCAGCAAAUCUACGAGAAAAUCUUGCCUCUAUAUAAACAGCUUCACGCUUACAUUCGACGGCAAAUCUCGGGAAUCUACAAGAAUCCGAUCGGUUUGACGAAAGAUCAAACAAUUCCAGCGCAUUUGUUUGGAAGUACAGAAGGAGGCGAUUGGUCUUUCCAUUACGAAUCAACGAAACCGAAUAGUGAAGAAGAUCAAAUAGCUGAGGAGAUCAUUGAAAAUAUGCAAAUGCAGAAUUACACGUCGAAGACAAUGUUCAUCAAGGCUUAUCGCUACUUCAAAUCCGUCGGUUUCCCUCCACUACCGAAGAGUUUCUGGACGAAUUCGGUUUUCCAAAGAGUUUGGUCAAAAGAUAUGCUUUGUGAGCCGGCUGCUGCUUUUGAUAUGAGAGAUGGAGAAGAUUUCAGAGUGAAAGCCUGUUCCCAAAUUGGCGAACCCGAUUUCAAAUUGGCUCAUUCGCUUCUCGCUCAAGUUUACUACCAAUUUUUGUACAGGAAACAGCCACUGGCAUUCAGAGAAUCCGCUUCUCCUGCAAUCAACGAGGCGAUCGCUAAUGUUUUCCUUCAUUUAGCCUCGAAUCCAAAUUAUCUUUACAGUCAGAAACUCGUCAGCGCCGAGUCUCUUCAAGUCAAAGAAUCAACGAUUAUCAAUCGAUUGUACAGAGAAGCUUUGGACAAUGUGGCGAAAAUCCCGUUCGCAUUAACAGCCGAUACGUGGAGAUACGAGAUUUUAGAGGGAAACACGAGUGAUCAUCAAUGGAAUGAAAAAUGGUGGAAAUUGAGAGAAACUCUCGAAGGCGUCCGGCCACCAGAAGACAAAUUCCUCCCAGCACAUAUCGAUGCUUUCAUUCACACGCAAAUCAGUCAGGUUCACUCGCCGGCUGUUCGAAAUCUAAUCGGCUAUGUGGCUCAAUUCCAAAUCUUGAAAUCACUUUGUCCACCUGAGACUGAAUUGGCUGAGGGCUGUAUUCUCUCAGAGGACACGACAAUGAGAUUAAGAGAAAUGAUGGAAAUGGGAUCGUCGAUUGAUUGGUUGAAAGCACUCGAGAUGUUGACGGGCAAAGCCGAACUUGACGCGACUCCUCUCCUCGAAUACUACAAACCGUUGAUUGGAUGGUUGGAGAAUGCGAAUGAAAUCAGUCAAGUUUAUAUUGGAUGGGACGGAGAAGGGACGAGAUUUAAUAAUGACGAGAUCCCAGAGAUGAUGUCUAAUGGGAAAAUCUCUUCCGGCAUUUUGAGUCAAGAUCGAGUCGCUUUCCCAGGCGGUGAUUGCACAAAUGGAGAGGAGUGUCUUCUUGAUUCGCAUUGUGAUGGAAAGGAAUGUAUCUGCAAUGAUGGCCUUUUCACGUUAAAAUUCGAUAACACUGUGUCUUGUGUGGCGACCGAUCCAAGGAAAAGUGGUUUUAUGGAUGAAAAUGGAGAGCCAAUUGGCGUCGGUUUGGUCCCAUCCGAGACGACGACCGCCGAACCGCCAAAACAAAAUCUCACCACAACAACUGUGACGACAAAAAUGAUGACAACGAGAACCUCGACAACUCUCUCAUUCUUCUGGGUGAUCAUCAGCAUUGCUCUCGCGAGACUUUUG